AUGAGCAGCAGAUCUUUGGACUCCAAAUUCUGUGGAAGGCAACCUUCUCUUCCAUUCAGCGUAGCCAAUUUCACCGUUGACUUUGAACCCACGCCUCAACUCAUCCUUCGCUAUCAUGUUGAUGUUGGCCCAUACAAAGAUUCCAAGAUACGAGCGUUUGGGCCUGGACUCGUAGGAGGAGUAGUCAACAAACCGGCGGUCUUUGUGGUGGAAACCAAUGGUGAAACCGGUGCACUCGGUGAGAUCACUUUUAAACAGGCCUUUUGA